UUGAGUUGGUAAGAAAUGAGAAACAACAAGAAAAUAGAAAUAAGAUGACAAAAAGGAUUUGGAUAAAAUGUGAAUCAAUAAUGUCUUAUUGGUACAAUAACCGGUUUUUUCUGAUUGAAUGUUAGUGUUGCAAAAAUUUUCAGUAUUCGUUGUUUUUUCACUGUUUGUCGGUAAAUCUCCUGGAUGACCCUCAAAAAUGGCUGAUGAUUUGAUUACAUAAAGACGAAAAAUAACACACCAAAAAGCUGGGAAACCAGAGAUUUUAGAUGUGCAUGAUUAAGAAACAACGCCGAGACCAUUCAAGUGAAAAGGAAUCUCUUUUAUUUUUGAUUUACAGGGAAACUAUUCACUGAAAAAAAAAGUUGACGGGUAAUGAUUAAUAUUUCAAAUUAAAUGGUAAAGCUUAUGAUAAUGUUGAUAACAAUCACAGUUUAAGGUUUGAAGACGAAGGAAAAAAGAAAAAUAUUUUUUCUUCUUAUCUAGUUAUGACUAACAGGUUAACUGUAAACCGACGGUUUGCUUUUUUCUUUGUCUUAAGCUUUCUCGCGCUUUCAACUUGUAAAGAUGUCUGUUGACUCCAUGUUUUUUUAAUAACAUUUUUUGUUUACUUUUUUUUGUUUUUUGUUUUGAAUUUAUAAUUGGCCAUCUUUUUUUUUGGUCAAAAGUUUAUUUCCUUAUUGAAGUUGUGUUCAUUAUCAACGUUAAAGUUAUUUAUUGGUCAUCAUCAAGAUCGAUCGGUCAAGUAUAAACAAGUUAAAAAAGAGGGAUUUUCUUAUGUGACCCUGAGAAUGGAUUUUCAUUGUAACUCGAUUGACAGGGAAACAAUUCAACUUUUAGAACAAAUUGAGUUAAUAAUAAUAUUUUCAAGAGAUCACAGUAAACAACAAUUUAACCACCAAUUUCAUCAUCAUCCUGACCAACACCAACUCCAUCAUUAUCAUCAUCAUCGUCAUCAAUAUUAUCCUCAAAACCAUAGUCAAUAUCUAAAAAGUGAAAGAAAUAAACUUUUCCUUGCUUUAGUCUUGUUAAACGUGUACCAUUGGCUACUAGAUUUCUUUGUAUUCACUGGAUUGUAUUUAAAAUUGUCCAACAUUGAAAACAGCUUUAAAUGGAAUCGAUUGUUAAUAAUGACCAUCAACUUAGUGAACUUAAAUUAUCACAAAUUACCGUUGACCCUAACAGUUUAACAUCAAAAUCCGAUACUUCUACCGUUACUGUCAGUUCUAAUGAUGAAAGCAGUGUUAUUCAACAACCAUCCAUUGGAUGCACCUCUUUGUCCUCACCAGAAACAAUUACAACAAAUUUUUCAUCACAACCAGCAACACCAUCACCAUCAUCAGCGCAAUUAUCAGUACCACCAUCAAUCCAAGUAAAUCAUUCAUCCAACCGUAUUACAACAACUCGACCUGCCAUUCGAAUACAAAACCUCAAUGUGACUUAUGGUCAUUCUGGUGCCAUUGAAUUUGUUCUUAACAAUGUAACCAUGACGGUUCCCAAAGGUUGUAUCUAUGGUCUUCUGGGUCCAUCAGGUUGCGGUAAAACAACUUUACUCAAGUGUCUUAUGGGUCUGAAAGUCUAUGAUUCGGGCAAUAUUUCCAUAUUUAACUACCCGACAGGUACUCGAGAAAGUGGUGUACCUGGACCAGGAGUAGGUUACAUGCCUCAAGAGGCGGCUCUCUCCCGUGAUUUAACUAUAAGGGAAACGUGGACCUAUUUUGGACGAGUUAACUUUUUAUCAGACCAAGAAAUUCAGGAAAAAGUAAACUCUCUCAUUUCUUUACUAGACUUACCUGAUGCUGAUCAGUUAAUCUCUAACUUAAGUGGAGGUCAACAGAGGAGAGUUUCGUUUGGAGCUACUAUCCUUCACAAUCCACGUCUGAUGAUCUUAGAUGAGCCCACAGUCGGUGUUGAUCCAAUUCUGCGAUCAAGGAUAUGGCGUCAAUUGGUCAAUGCAACAAGAAUGAAGGGGACAACUAUCAUUGUAACUACACACUAUAUUGAAGAAACGAGGAAAGCUGAUGUUGUAGGUUUCAUGCGUAAAGGAGCUAUCAUUGCUGAAAAUAAUCCAAUAAGAUUUAUGAAUAGAUAUGGAGUGAACACAUUGGAAGCUGUUUUUCAUCGUCUAUGUUACAUUCAUAAGCGCACUUCACUUUCUGGUUCUGGCGGAAACAUUCAUACCAAUAACCAAUCAAACUUAAUUCAAUGUUGUUCUAUGAAUUCUUCACGACCCUUAGGUUCUCAAGCAACUGUAACAUCCUUAUCUGCCCCUUGGAUUAGGCCAAACAAUAUCUCUGAUUCAAAAGCAUGGUGGAUGCAGUUUACAGCAAUCUUGACUAAAUAUAAUCUACAAGUUAUGCGUCAACCUGAAACUUUAAUGGCAUCUUUUGUUCUUCCUAUCAUGAUUUUGUUGAUUUUUUGUGUUUGCAUUGGAGGCACUCCUAAUGGAAUAUCUAUUGGUUUACUCAACCAUGAAGUUUGUGAACAAUUUACUCAUCAUCAACCACAUCAUUAUCACAAUACUAACCUACAUAGGCAUCGAAAUCAUAAGCAUGAGCAUAUCUCACCUCAACCCCAAAUGAUUCACAAUAGUACUGAGCCGUGUUUGAGUACCGCUUUUCUCAAUUCAAUAAAUAGUUACAUGUUUAACAAAAAAAUAUACACCGAUUAUACUCAAGCUUUAGAUGAUGCUGAAUCUGGCUCUAUCUGGGGUUUUAUUAGAAUCAAACAAGGAUUCUCUGACGCUCUACUUUCUCGUCUUACCUUUCAAGAAACAGACCUUAAUGGUUACGAAGUCGAUCUUAAUGUUUCCCAAAUAGAGAUUCGAGGCGAUUUAACUUCUUUAGUAUUAACACGAUUGGUCACCGGUGCCUUAAGCUUUAGCUUUCUCGAUACAAUCAAACCAACACUACCUAAUCCAAAAUUAGCUGAUUUACCGAUAACUCUUGGAACAACAGUUUUUGGCUCAUUUGCAAAAUCCGACUUUUUUGGUGUUCGUGAUUUCGCAGCUCCUGGUCUAAUGAUUGUUAUAGUUUACUCCAUUGGAUUUGCCCUUACCGCAUUUACCUUACUAAUAGAGAAACAAGACAAAACCCUAGACCGUAAUUAUGCCUCAGGUUUAGGUCGAUUCCAAAUAAUUCUUGGUCAACUGAUUGUUCGAUUUGUUUUCCUUAUACUUCCAGUCAUCAUUUUGCUGACCCUUUCAGUAACAUUGUUUGGUAUCCCCUGUCGUGGGUCAUUCAUUGCCGCAGUUUUACUUCUCCUAAUCCAAAUACUUUCCGGAAUGGCUUUAGGAGUUUUCCUCUCUGCUGUAUUGCCUUCCAUCUUUACCUGUGCCAUCAUUGCCAAUGCAGUCCUGUUAUUUACUUUCAUCAUUUCAGGAGUUAUGUGGGCCUUUGAUACCUUACCUUAUUACAUUCGCUGGGUCAGCAUAAUUCAGCCAACAACUGCUGCCGGUGAAUCAUUAAGAAGUAUUCUUGUUCGUGGCCUACCAGCAACUCAGAUGAAUGUACUCAUGGGCUAUUUGAUAUCUUUGGCUUGGAUUGGUAUUUGGUUAACUCUUGGAACCUUAUCAUUCAAAUUUCAAAACAAUUGAUUGUCAAUCAACACAACAAUUCAACAUAACUUCAUCCAUCCAGUUUGUUUAUUAAAAUGUACAACUUGAAGAAAGGAUUAAAGUUAAAGAAAUCAUUGAUGGCAUCUCUUUAUUUUAGUUAAUUAAUUUUUUGUUUAGCAAUUUAAUUAGCUGGACAAUAUAAAAGUAUAAAACCAGUCAAAGACGGGCGUAAUAAUAAUCAAUAAUAAAGAGAAUCAAAUAAAGAAAAUUGUUUUGUUUGCUCGAUUAAAAGAUGACGAGGAAAAAAAGAAACGAGUCAAAUUGAGUUGUCACCAUUGUAAUUUUAAGAAUCUCAAUUAAUCAUUGAAUUGCGUUAUUACCUUCAUCCAUAUUUUAAUUAUACGCACGAUAAUCAGCAGAGCAAGCAGCAUCAAGAAGCAAUUUAUAUUCUUAUAAUCAAACUAUCAAACACAAAAUUGUAUCAUUCAGUAUCUACAUUGAAAAAAAAGUCAAACAAGGUUGAUAAAUCAUAUUAAAGAUUGUUGUUGAUUUUUGA